AUGGCUGAUGUUACUGUUUCCACUAAUAUUUUUGAAUGCUCAUUAUGUCCUCAAGUUUUAUUUUCAACUCCGGAAGAACUAUGUCAUCAUAUGAGGCAAUACCACGACAUGCGGGACAUGGUCAUACAAUCUGUUUUUUUCAGUGAUAAGACGACUUUCCAACAUUGGCUAAAAACAGUAGAGGAUGGGCGAGAACAAGCAGGUGGUUAUGUGCAAGGCAAUUCAAACCCGUUCAUUGCAACUGUGAACUUUCAAGAUGAGUACUAUCUGUUGUGUAAGAAGAAGUAUUGCACUUUGAAGCGAAGACGUCUUUCUGGAGAACAGAAGCAAGAAAACAGUGUACAGCAUGUAGUGUGCGCAGCUUUCGUGCAUGUCACUGAAAGCUCCAACGGGUCAGUAUGGGUUAGGUACUGCCUGGAACAUUGUGGGCAUCCUAAUAAAUCACGUCUGGGAGUUGGUUCUGAAAAUAGUGCGUCAACGAAGCAGGGAAGCAGCCACUUAAAAAGAAAUUCAUCAAGUACACGAGCUGAUAGCGAAGAUGAAGAUUACGCUAGUGAGGAAGCUAUGGAGGAAAGUGCGGUACCAGCAAAAGACUUGACAAAGUCAGAACCGGUUGUAUGUAACAAGGUGCAAUUGUCUGAGGAAGCUAAGGCAAAAAUUUCAACUCACCGGAAAGCUCUUCUAUCUUCAGUAGAAAUCGAGCUGGCUUCUGCAAAAGCUUCAGUUUCUUCAAUCAAGGAUGCUGUUAAUGAUGAACCGACAGCAGAUGUGUAUGCUAAACUUCAGUUUAUGGCUAGUCAGCUUCGUACUGUCACCCAGGUACUUUCUGAUUUGGCUGUAGAUGUGUCACCCUCCAGCUCGUGCAUACCAAUGGAUAUAUAA